UCCUGAGGUAUCGAGAACUCGACUUCAUGGCCUCUUCAGGCAGUGCGCCUCAUGGCGGGAUGGCCGGCAUGGUGAGGGCCCCUAAGCCUCCCUUCUCUGAAUUAGUCAAGGCCCGCCAUACCGACCCGCAAUAUGGAUGCUCGGCGGAAUCCCCUCCAAGAAAGUCGACAUCCCAGUUACGGCCGUCUUCCUCGCCCUCUACAUCGUCGGCGGGGCAAUCCAUCUAGCCAUCUUCCUCUUGAACAAGAAGCGCGGCCACAAGUUUCUGUUCAGCCUCUUCAUCUUCAUUUUCUGCUUGGCCCGCAUUGUCACUACUAGUCUACGCAUUGCCACCAUCUCCAAGCCCACCAACAUCGAUCUCGCCAUCGCUGCUUCAGUGUUCGUCGCAGCAGGCAUCCUCAUCCUCUUCAUCAUCAACCUAAUCUGGUCCCAGCGCGUUCUGCGCUCUCUGCACCCUCGCUUCGGCUGGCAUACUGCUAUCUCGACCCUGUUUAGAGUCGCAUACGUCCUCAUCGCUCUCACGCUAGCCAUUGUUAUCACGGCAACCGUCCAGAUGUUCUUCACGCUGAGACCUCGGACGCGGACUAUCGACCGCGAUCUACAGCUCUAUGCUGGGACGUUCUUCACCAUUAUUUCCUUCCUGCCCAUCCCAAUCGUCCUCAUAGCUCUGGCGGCACCACGCAAAUCCAAGCCUGAGAAAUUCGGCAAGGGCCGUUUCCGCACAAAGAUCUGGAUCCUCCUUAUCGGCACAACGCUCUGCUGCCUUGGCGCCGCCUUCCGCUGUGGCACUUCGUGGAUAAAGCCAGUUCCCCUGGUGCGGCCCAUGCCGGAUUACUACUCCAAGGCUUGCUUCUAUAUCUUUGUUUUCACUGUGGAGAUCCUGGUUGUGUAUCUCUAUGCGAUAAUGCGUGUAGAUCUGCGCUUCCAUAUUCCCGACGGGGCGAAGGGGCCGGGGAGCUAUGAGGCUAGCUUGCGCGUGGGGAGUACGAGUGGCGACGUGGAGGCGAAGCAGGCGCAAGAGACGGCAGCGGAAGGGAAGUAGGCCGAGGGAGCAGGAGAAGAAACCGUGGGAGAAGCUUAUGAGCCGGCGUCGGCAGUGAGCGUUCAACAUCACUAGAGGGAUCACACGCAUAAUUAUGAGAGGAAACCGGGGAAACGGAGAUGCGAUGGCUUGAUCCACGGAUGCCGAUUGUCGUGACCUGGUGCUAGGAUUCAGGAAGGGGCAGGAAGACUCCAUGAAGGUGGCUUGCGAGGUUUUUCCUUUCUUUCCUUUACUUUUAUGAAGCACAUUUCCAAGCG